CAGUCGUCAGACCCCCAGGCCCAGCUCGUCCCACAGCUCCUCCCCCUCGUCCGACUCAGACGACCCAGAUGACAGCUAUGUUGCCAUGACGACCUCCAGCCUCAGUUUCAGUGCCGGGGAGUCGUCUCUCAGGCUCAUGCUGCACCGAGCUUCAGAGGGCGGGGUCAGCAGCCCGUUGCUACGGCGAGCCAGAGGCGACAAACAGGUAGAAUACCUGGACCUGGACCUCCACACCGGACGAUCAACACCAACGAGACAGAAGCGAUGCACGGCAGCAGGUGGAGGCGGCAGUGACAAACAGGCCGGAGCUGGCGAGGAGCGUGCACGGGGUGAGAGCACGCGUGUGGACUAUGUGGUGGUGGACCCCAAAAGAACCAAGGCCCUGAGGAACACCAGGGAAGCAUGGCAUGAUGGGAGGAUGUCCACGGAGAAGGACAAAAGCUAGAAGUACUUGUAGGGGAUAUUUAGAUACUACUUUUUAAAACAAGAUGAAAUUCUUCUUUAAAAACUAGAAUUUUCCCCCAGAUUCAUAUGAGGUCAUUGUGACCUUUAACCUUUGACCUCUGUAAUCCAAUCAUCUUUGAGUCCACCUGACAAAUGGUAGAGAAAGAAAUUGCCUUGCAAAAGACUUGAGACACAUUUGAAGUGAACAAGUUCAGUUUAACAUGUUUCUGUAGCUUCAGUCUCCCGACAGGAAUCCAAGCUUUAGUCAGAGAUGUGUUGUUUUAAACUGUGUUGAAAAUAAUUCAUAAUAAAUGUGCAGUGGGGAACAAGCUGUGAUCAUCCUUCGGUGACCGAUGUCGUCAAAUCAAACCUGAUGAAUCAUUCAGUUUUUCUGUGACACAGAAAACAAAGAAAUUCAUGAAUGAAUAAACGUAAA